GUCGCGUCGGGCCAGUCUCCGAUCUCCUCUCGCGGACGCACGACGCGUUCGAAAUUCAAAAUUUCAAACAUUAGAAAGUGUAUUGUCAAGUGUUUUUUUUAAUGACCAAGACCCCUAGUGUUGUGCCGUGUUUUAAGUGAUGCUCCUGGCUUUGUUUUUUGGAUUUGUCGGAUUGGAUUGUUCUUCCAAGUUGCCAAGUGAAUUUAAUAACAAAUUUAACCAAAAGUGUCUAAGCAGAUAAUGAUUAUGUAACAAAACUAACUAAAGUGAACAGUGACAGUCUAACUGAAGUGUAAAGUGAAACAGAUGUGAGUGACUUAAAAAAAAUAUCACCUAUGGUCGGAACCAUGAUGUGGUUCAAACGGGAGCCGAAGGUUGUGGACAAACCUUCAGAGAAUGGGACGGUGAAGGGAGAGAACGGGAUGGUGAAUAGACUGAGAAGGAAGAAGGCGAUAACCCUCAAGCCGACGAGGGAGUCGAGCGAGAGGGAAACGUCGACGGAGAGUGAGAAGGAGAAACGACGACAUUCUGACAUUUUGGACAUGAAAGUUUCGCUAGAACGGAGAGAUGAGAGCGACGAAUCGUUGUACGAAUCAGCUGAUUGCCAGAGCGACGCCAUAUCAGCCAGUGAUGAUGCGACCCCGAGACUCAGUAAGAGCCCCACCAUGAGCAAGGAAUCUCUCAAACUGGCCGUAACUGACGAGGAGGUAGAUUUUGCGAAAAAUAAGAAAACACAUCGAAAAACCAUGUCAUUAUCGAACCCUCUGGAAAUAGUCAAGAACCUUGGCGAUGACUGGUUCGAUCACAAAAGAGAUCUUGACAAACAUUCUGACAAAAAGAAAUCCAGAGAAAGCCUUUGGAGUGAAGAGGAAAAAGACUCGGUUCAUGGAUCUACCACGAAACUAGAACAGAUGAGGAAGAAUAGCAAGAAAGAGGAUAAGAGUAAUUCUAGCAGUAGAAAAAGUAGUACCACUGAUGCUCCUAAAUCAAGGAAGAGUAGUAAAGGUUCCUCCGUUGGCUCUUUCUUCCUCAGAAGGAAAAAGACUCCGACGACUGUCAAGCCAGUGGAAGCUGUGGCUGAAGCUAUUGACAAAAUCGUCAGUACGACUGAAGUUCUAAAUUAUACUAGAUCCUUUCUGGAAGAGGAAAAGCGACAUGCGUCCUUAAACUCACAAGAUAGCAAACCUUCUGAAGACACCGAUACUGACGAAGAACUACCAACACCUAAAGUAAUCGGAGAACACAGGCGGAGGUUAAGCCGACAGACUUCUAGAAGCAAAAGCAAGGUCAGAGGGAAAAGUCAGACUGUCAAAGUGAACACAUUAAGGAAAUCACAUAGUGGGACUUUGAAGAAGUCAAAGAAGAAGAUUAAGACUCCUCAAGCUGUAAGAAGUAGGCAGGCGAGUGUCGUAGAAUCAACGCCUAUUGUAAAAAAUAAAUUUGAUGCUAGCAACACCAACAAGCAUAACUCCUGGCUGUUUAGCGGAAAUAGAGGAGAAUCGAAACGAGAGGGUUCAUCCGAAGAGCCAACGGCGACAGAACCGGAGUCAGAAACUACUGAUGCCAGCAAGGACCCGCCCAAGGACACCAAUUGGCGCGCAGCGUCAUCUGGCGGCCGCGGCGUGAAUCGCGCAGAGAGCUGUCGCGAGCGCGACCCGCCUCGCCGCGGCAAACAUCGGAACGCGAGCGACCCCAACCGGCUCACGGCGCACAACAACCAUGACCUUGAAGGUGGCGCACCGACAGCCCCAUCAGGCAGUUCCAGCAGUUCCAGCUUGUCUUCCAGAAGUAACGAGAGCACCACGGUUCCUGCUGAUCCGCAAGCUUCCCAAUCGGACUGGUCGGAGGAGGAGGACCCCCUAGCCCCGCAGUGGGCGGACAGCCUCCCUCCACAAAUUCUGGACUCGUUGCUGCUGGACAAGCGGCACAGAAAACGUCAGGAGGUUAUCCAUGAACUAAUCGUGUCUGAAGGCUCUCAUGUCCGUUGGCUCAAAGUCCUCGGCGUCGACUUCCUUCGACCGUUGGAAAAGCAGCCGUCUCUUUUACCCGCGGAAGAACUGAGGGCACUCUUCCCCAACCUCCCUGGUGUUAGAGAGAGACACAUGAAGUUGUACGCGGAUCUGAGGGCGCUGAGGAAUGAUUCGAGUAACCAUAUUGUGCCGAUUAGGACGGUUGCUGAUGCCAUGCUUGGAACGUUGGGGGACUCUGGCUACUCGUCGUGCCUGUCCCGCUUCUGCCGCGGCCAGCGCCUGGCGCUGGAGACUCUCCGCGAGCGUCGCAGGAAGAACAAAGAACUACACCAUUUUCUAUCCGCCCGUGAACAGUUACCGAGAUGUGGAAGAUUGCAAUUGAGAGAUCUACUCGCCUGCGUCUGGCAGAGAUUGACAAAAUACCAGCUCCUCCUGCAAGGCAUCGUGGACACGGUUUGCGAGUCCGACGCGGACACGGACGAGGACAUCGCACAACUGAAGAAAGCGCACGACACCGCCAAAGAUGUACUGCAAAGUGUCGAUACUGCCAUCAGGACCGCAGAGAACGACCACAGGCUUCGAACAAUCCAGAACAAGCUAGAAAUUCGUGCUGGAAGCGAAUGGGAGGAGCUUCGCAGAUUGGACUUAACUCAGAGACAACUUCGCAUGGAAGGAGACUUGGCUAUCAGGCAUGAUGGUAACAAGAAGAUUAGCGUGCUGGCCUUGAUGCUGACUGACGUCCUGGUAUUGCUACAACGGGAAGGCGACAAGUUUGUUCUACGACCUAUUCCCGCUCCGAGCCAGCAGGGGGCGCUCUCGCCACUCGUCAAAUGGGACAAGGUGUUGUUCCGGCCGAACGCCGCGGCCCGCAACACGUUCUUCCUCAUGAACAUCAACGGCGUGCAGAUGCACGAACUGUCCGCCAACACACCCGCCGAAUACGCCACAUGGGUGAAGAACAUCCAGGAGUGUCCGCUGGCCAAGCUCGCGGAGCAGAAGGCCGGCCUCACGCCGCAGCACGCGCACUCCGCCUCCGCCUCCGCCUCCGCCUCCGCCUCCGCCUCCGCCUCCGCCUCCGCCUCCGCCUCCGCCUCCGCCUCCGCCUCCGCCGCCAGCCGCGCCACCGACGACGAGGGAAGCAACGUAUCCCGCAACCCAUCCGACGCUUCCGAGAAAUCCGCCGCGGCCGAAGAGCGGGACAGAGUUAGCGCCGAGAGAGAGAGGGAACGAGCGGUCAGCGCCGAGAGGGAAAGAGAGAGGGAAGCCGAGAAACAGGAGGAAGAGAAAGAGAAGGAACGGGAAAAGGAUGAAGUUGUUGAUAGGGAGGAUAAGCAUGUACCACGACGCCCAACCAUGUCCCGCAUCUCCACCCACGAGGCCCCGCCGCCGCGGGCUUUAGAACCGCAGGCCGCCGUCACCGUGAGCGCGGCGAGGGCCGAGCAGGCGCACACCGCCAUUAGAGCCUUCACACCACAAGGUACGCUUCAGACGCCCCACCAUGCCCCGCAUCUCCACCCACGAGGCCCCGCCGCCGCGGGCUUUAGAACCGCAGGCCGCCGUCACCGUGAGCGCGGCGAGGGCCGAGCAGGCGCACACCGCCAUUAGAGCCUUCACACCACAAGAACAACUACGCCGCCUAGACGAAGUGAUCAACCGAUCCCUGCGGGCCAAAAGCGCAGUAGUGGCCGAACUAUUAGGCGUGCCGGCCGACAGCUACGCGCAGGUGGCCGACCUGGCCGUGGCCGAAGCUUUAGGACAAUG